GGGAGGCCGGGCGGCCGACAGGAGACGCUAGCGCGCAGUGGGGUGGGGAGGUUGAGCUCCCGGACCCGAACUGAUCAGCAGGCGGGCGCCGCGGCGUAGGCACCCACCCAGCUCUUGGUUCCUGGCGGCUCGCACGGUAAAAAAAGAGAGCAGCAGCCGACUUGCGUGGGACUCCCCUGGCUCUUCUGCCCGAGACCCUACCAGUCCCUCUCCCUGGCAGCCUGUGUUCUGGGCCUCACCCAGACAGUCUGAGUAGGAACAAGCCAUCUCAUCAUUCACAGCCAUGAAUUUCCUCCGGCGACGCCUCUCUGACAGCAGCUUUGUGGCCAACCUGCCGAACGGCUACAUGACAGACCUCCAGCGCCCAGAGAGCUCCACCAGCUCCCCUGCAUCCCCAGCCAUGGAGAGGAGGCACCCCCAGCCCCUGGCAGCCUCCUUCUCCUCUCCAGGAUCCAGCCUUUUUAGCUCCUUCUCCAGUGCCAUGAAGCAGACCUCACAGGCCCCCUUGGGGCCGAUGGAGCUUCCAGGUCCCUCCACGCCUGUUGUUCAAAGGCCCAGGAUCCUGUUGGUGAUUGAUGAUGCCCACACAGACUGGGCCAAGUAUUUCCACGGAAAGAAGGUGAAUGGAGAGAUUGAGAUCCGAGUGGAACAGGCUGAAUUCUCAGAGUUGAAUCUAGCUGCCUAUGUUACUGGGGGCUGUAUGGUGGACAUGCAGGUUGUGAGAAAUGGGACCAAGGUUGUGAGAUCCUUCAAGCCGGACUUCAUCCUUGUCCGCCAGCAUGCCUACAGCAUGGCCCUGGGCGAAGACUACCGCAGCCUGGUCAUCGGCCUCCAGUAUGGAGGGCUGCCUGCCGUCAACUCCCUCUACUCUGUCUACAACUUCUGCAGCAAGCCCUGGGUGUUCUCUCAACUCAUUAAGAUCUUCCAUUCCCUGGGUCCUGAGAAGUUCCCGCUUGUGGAGCAAACGUUUUUCCCCAACCAUAAGCCAAUGCUCACAGCCCCACGCUUCCCUGUGGUGGUCAAGCUGGGACACGCCCACGCCGGAAUGGGAAAGAUCAAAGUAGAAAACCAGCAUGACUACCAGGACAUCACCAGCAUGGUGGCUAUGGCCAAAACCUAUGCCACCACUGAGGCCUUCGUUGACUCCAAGUACGACAUCCGCAUCCAGAAAAUUGGAUCCAACUACAAAGCUUACAUGAGAACCUCCAUCUCUGGAAACUGGAAGGCCAACACAGGCUCUGCUAUGCUGGAGCAGGUGGCCAUGACAGAGAGGUACAGGCUGUGGGUGGACAGCUGCUCAGAGAUGUUCGGUGGCCUGGACAUCUGCGCUGUCAAGGCUGUCCACAGCAAGGAUGGCAGAGACUACAUCAUUGAGGUGAUGGACAGCUCCAUGCCCCUGAUUGGAGAGCACCUGGAAGAGGACAAACAGCUGAUGGCCGAUCUCGUUGUCUCCAAAAUGAGCCAACUCCCGAUGCCAGGGGGCACAGUGCCCUUGCCCCUGAGGCCUUGGACUCCUCAGACUAAACCAGCAAAACCCCCCGGGCAAGCCCAGCUUGGGCCUCCACUCGGACAGCCUCAGCCACGGACACCCACACAAGGGGGCCCUCGCCAAGCUCAGUCUCCUCAGCCCCCGAGAUCUGGAAGCCCCUCGCAACAGAGGCUCUCCCCACAAGGCCAGCAACCCCUGAGCCCCUCAUCUGGAUCUCCACAGCAGCAGAGGUCACCAGGCUCUCCACAGCUAUCCCGCACAUCUGGAGGCAGCUCUCCAAACCAGGUCUCCAAGCCAGGCACCACCCUUACCUCACAGCCGCGGCCCCCCAUGCAGGGCCGCAGCACCUCCCAACAGGGUGAAGAGUCCAAGAAACCAGCAACACCCCACCCCCAUCUCAACAAAUCCCAGUCCCUGACUAACAGCCUCAGCACGUCUGACGCCUCCCAGCGUGGGACCCCAAGUGAAGACGAGGCCAAGGCCGAGACCAUCCGCAACCUGAGGAAGUCUUUCGCCAGCCUGUUCUCUGACUAACCCUGUCCAGGCCGGGGAGGGGGGUGCCCCGUUACACUCCCCCCUCUCCUGCCCCAUCCUCCAUCUCAGCCUUGGUUCCUGACGGGAACAGAAUGGAGGGCCUGAGAAUAUACUUUCCAAAUGCGUUUGAUCGAGGAAUUGAGUAUCUACAUGUGUUCCCACUUUCCUUUGCCAUGACGUUCCAGCAUUGCCCGACUGAGGGGUGGGCCUUUGAGAGCCUCCAGGUUCCUCAAAACGGGCCUUAAAGACAGGCAUCACGUCAACCUUCCUACCCAGAUGCUUGCUUCCCUGCCUCAGAUAACCAAGUGAGAUGUCUGUGUGUGGCUAGUUUUGACAUUUCUUGUUAGUGUUUUGCUUGCCUUUGGGAAGGGCGCCCUCUGAGCCUUGCCCCACCUCCAUCAAAUGCAGACGCUGAAGUCAGACCUCAGCUAUGUAGGAGGCAAUAACCUUUUGACAGUGUUUUGCAAACAAAUGGAGAAAAGCGCAGCCAGGGGAACCUACCACCUACCCUUGCAAGUCCCAUCCAAGCUCAAGAGAUGGCCCUGCAGACCAGACAGGCAAAGGCCCCAUCACACCCGCCACCAGUGGAUCUUGAGGACCAUGGAAAGAAUUCAGAGCCUGUGGGACACGUGGGGCCUUUCAGAGCCCAACAGAAACAGAGGGGAGACUGUACAGUGCUGCUCGUGCCCAGAGUGCUGUCCUAAAUUGGACGGCCAAGAGCACACCACGGGUUCUUUUAGGAAUCGUCACUAGUUCCCAGAGGGGGAAUAUGCCCUCCACUUCCCAAGGAAGGAGUUAGGUUAGGCCCUCUCCACCCAUUCCGUGUUACACCGCCCUUUGGUCUCUGAAUUCCCACCAGGAAUGUUGUUUUCUCCUCAAGGAUAUACAAGGAACCAGAGACGAGGAUGGAUGACACAGGAUCAGAAAUUGCGAUGAUAGUAACUUCUAGCUCGGCGUUUUACAGACAGUGUACAGCAAGGCACUGAAAGACUAGCUUUCCCUCCAAGCUGACUUGGUGAGGCUGAAACAUGACAAAGAUCCAUUUGGUUUGUGCUGACAUGUAGCACAAUGAAUAGAGAAUUUCAAAUGCAGCCUCAGUGGACACCUCCACCAGCCGGAGAAAAUAUCUUCUUCGAGAGCUUCCUCCUAACAGCAUGAUAAAAGGGUACUGUCAUCUAAUUGUCAAAUCAGCUUUCGAGGGAUACUGGAAUCUACGUAUCCUUUCUCUUGCAUUAAUCCUCUGUGUCCUCUUCAUCAUUACCACACUGCCCCCCGCCCCCGCCCCGUUCAGUCCCUGCUGAUGGGGCAGUUAGUUCUACCAUUCCAGAAUUUCAGGGGUUAUAGGCCUUCAUUCCCAUGGUAACAAAUAGAGUAGCAAAUCCCAUGAGCCUGAACUUCAACUACCUUCUGGAAGUUCUCAUCUGAAUUUGCAGUGGAAGGAGCUCGAGGGGAAAGCAAGCCGGUGCCGGCAUCUCGUGAACGCGCUACGUGGGCACAGCACAGCGCAUGCCUUGUUCGGCACACAAUUGGUAUGCAGGAAGUGUGUUAGGUUGGCCCUCCUAGAAAACUAUGAAAUUAACAGAAUGUAAACAAAAUGUUAAGAGAGAAGAAAAAGGCUGUUUUUCUAAGAGUAUCAAUGUGAGGAAAUCACUUGCCCAGGAAGAGAAUCAAACCAACAGAGAGACUGAUAAGAAGCUGAAGAGAAUCCGUGGCCGUUUUUUAACCUACGGGAGCAAGCAGAGCAGAGGGCUGAGACCUCCCCCGUGGUGAGCGUGGCCCACACAGAACAAGUACCUGAGCAGCACUCAAAGCAGUGUAACUUUGUCGUUAAAAUAUGUCAUCUACUUAGAUUACAAACUAGGCUCCAAGUACUCAAAACACAAGGAAAAAGAAACUAUAACUCCACUCCAAAAGAAGCCAGAAACAAGAGUCCCUAACAGCCCAAUGGUGGCCCAACAGUGCUGCUUCAGAGCCCAGAUGUUUCAGCACAGAGCCUGAGGAACAACUGCAGAGAGAGGGAGGAGGUGGACUGAGCUAGGUGUCCAAAGCACUCACUCCAUGUCCAGUUCAACCAAACUAGCUCUGCUUGUAUUCAUUCCACAAAUCAGGCUUCUGUGAACGAUUUCAGGUGAAGAAAUAGUGCCACUACAAAAAAAAUAAUAAUCUCCUGCAACAAUCUGAUGACACUGACUAUAGAAAAACAAGGACAAGAUAUGGUAAGUGAGUUGGAUGUUUCCCCAAAGUUCGUUUGCUUUCAUCAUAUAGAUCUAUACAUACUUUUCUUUUCCCAUACCAUCAAGGCAGGCAAAAAAAAAACAGUGCACAGAAGAGAACUUUUACCAGUUUCUAUCUGCAUGAAUAAGGUAGUAGCUACGAACACAAUGCCAAAUGAACUCUAUUCUUUAACCACACUGCAACUGAGCAGUUGUGCCCAUUUGGAGUAACAAUACAUGCAAAGGAGGGAUAACUGAGUGACAUGUACUCUCAAGACUGCAAUCUAGAGCUCUCAAGCUGAUAUGCAAUUUUAAGUCAGCCUUUUUUGAAAGUGGAAAAUUUAAAUAUCUGUUGAAAAUGUCAUGCCACAACAUAUAAAAAGUUAAGGUACUGGCAGGGAAGGGGUGGGGGACCAGCACUUAUGUUCAAUUUCUCACCUAACUUAGGUCCCUAAUGGACCUCAAUUUAAAUAACAAAAAAGAUGCUAUUUUAGAGGAUGGAACAUAAUCCUAAAGAACAGUACUAUGUAUUUGGUACAUAUUUGAGGACUUUCAUUGAAUUUUAUUCUCUAGUCCUUCAUCCCAAGUUUCUGAGUCCUAUCAAUGUCUUUUUACAGUGGUAUCUGCAAAUAAAACGAUAUAACUUAUUCUCUUCAUAAUAUACUAUUCUAACUAGCUGAACAGCUGAAGAUUACUCCAGCACAAAAACAACUCAAUUUUUUUAACAACAGAAGAAGGAAGAAUAUAUUAAGUAAAGGUGAAAACAAUCAUUGUGUUAAAGAUUCUUUUUCCUGUGUAAUUACAAGACACUAAGGACUGAGUCUAAGAGAACACAGAAAUGAAUGGGGAGAGUUUUCAGGACAUAGGCAAAGAUAUAAACACCUCCACAGAAGUUGGUCAUUCGAAGCAAUACAGAGGUCACGACAAACUGCAGACAAAGACAGGACAGAACGAACAUCCAAAAGUCGGAAGAUCCGCAGUUUCAGCUCCAGUGGGAGGACUACCAAGCCAAA